AGAUUAUUUUGAAAUUUCGACGAGAUUUGUCGGAACAAUGCGACUCCACUUCAGCAGUGCGCAGCAAGCCGCCGCCGCCAUUUCGAAACUCCCGAUCGCCGACCGUUGCUUUCUUUCCCCUCAGCCUCGCCACUUCAGAGAGAGAGAGAGAGAGAGAAGAGAGAGAGAGAGAGAGAGCUAACGAUGGCGUCCAGAGACGCGGCCAGCAGCCCCAAAUCAGCGCCGCGUCGCCAUGGGCCGGCGGCGCCCAAGAAUGGCGCCGACCUGCUCAGCCCACGGUUCCGGUCGGCUGCCGCGCUGGCCGGCUGGGACGAGGAGUCCGUCCUCCUUGCCGCGAUGGUCGUCGACGACACCCCAGUCCGCGACUCCCGUCGCAAGAGGCGGGCCUCCACCUCCUCCGUCGGCGGCAGCGCCGGAUCCAGCACCAGGAAGAGGAGGCCGCGCAGGCUGUCUCCGGCCAAGAUCCCGCCGGUGGUUUUCGCGCUCGACGACGAAAAGUCGGACACUGCGGCAGAUAGCAAAUCGGAAGUGAAGGCCGCCAAGGAGGAAGAGAAGCCUGUCCUUGUGGGCGACAAGGAGGCGUCCGGUUCUGGCGAGAAAGCAGUGGCCGCGGCAAACAUGCCGUGCAUGGAUCGGCUCCGGGAGGAGCUCUCUUGCGCGAUUUGCCUGGACAUCUGCUUUGAGCCGACCACUACGCCUUGUGGACACAGCUUCUGCAUGAGAUGCUUAAGACACGCUGCAGCCAAGUGCGGGAAACGGUGUCCCAAAUGCAGGCAGUUCAUCAGCAGCAGCUCGAAAUCGUGCACCAUCAACACUGUGCUCUGGAACACCAUUCAGCUCUUAUUUCCCAGUGAGGUUGAGGCAAGAAAGGGUUCGAGCUCAUCACCUUCACCAUGCGACAAGGACGAUGUGAGAGCUAAUAGGUUCUCACAAGGUGGCCCCGGUAUGAGAACUAGGAGCAGGAGCAGCGGCAGCGGCUUCAUCAGCAGCGAGGGUAGGACAAGAAGCAGCUUCAUCGAACCCGGCGCCAGUGCGAACUUCAUCGUCAGCACAUAUGGCAGCGCAAGAAGCAGUAACAGCAGGAGGGGCUUCGUCCCUGCCUCGCAGCUGCUGUUGACAAGAUUAGAGCAAUCUGAAGAUGCCGCGGCGUUGGCGUACAGGUUGCAACAGGAGGAGUUCGUGAAUGCCUUUGAGGAGCCUGAGCAGGAGAGGCAGCCACGCGACGCCGUGUCCACAGCACGAGACACCCUGAGAGCCAUGGCCUCCCGGGCCAUCCGCCUCCGUGCUAGAGGCUGGCCUGUUUAGUACUACUAUUGCUCUGCUCUGCAUGGAAGUUGAGACCUCUGAACAUAUAGGCAUCGGUGGGGUUGAUAGCUCUCGACAUUCACUAGGGACUCUAGAAGAUGUCUGCCCCACGAUUGUUCACGGGAAGGCCCAGCGACAGCUAUGGGCUCCCAACUAGAGGAGAAGACGCGUAGGCUCAAAGCUGCUGUCGCCGGUGAGUUGUAAAAAUGCUAAAAAUCUCAUUCUCUAAGUUUUCAGAUGAAGUGCACCUAGUAAGACAUCUCUAGCAGCUUAUUCAUACUCAUAUUUAAAAUAAACUCUACAAACAAUAUAAUCUACAGUGUAAAAUAGUCCAAAAUGUGUUUUUAGUGACCAUAUGUGUGAACUAUUGUACAUUGCCCUUAUAUGGUCACUAAAAAUAUCAUUUUACAUCGUUUUAUAUUGUAGAUUGCACUGUUUAUAAAGUAUGGUUUGAAUAUAGAUAUAGGUAUAGAUAAGCUGCUGGUGAUGGCCUAAGGCAUUAGUGUUGUCAAAUGCUGAGUCAGGGGGCACAUGAGACUAAUAGUGUAGACCUUCUCUAUUUUGGUCUCGAUCCUUGGUGAGACACCAGGAAACCAAUGAGUGAGCUUGUCCGAAGAUACCCUGAAGCCACACUUCUCUGGGUUAACCAUCAUGCAGAUUUGAUGAAGACAUUAAGGGGGUGUUUGGAAACAAAGUUUUUCUGCAGUUUUGGAAGAAUACUGCAGUAUUAUAAACAGAAUGGUGUUUGACAAGCUGGCUAAAAUCUCUGUUUUCAAAACUGAAGUAUUGUAAAUACUAUAGUUGUUUUAAGGUA